UCCCCGCCCCCUUUCCCUCUAAGGAUGGCCCUGAAGGAGAACGCCUACCCCUGGCCCUACGGCCGGCAGACGGCUCAAUCUGGCCUAAACACCCUGCCCCAGAGAGUCUACCGGAAGGAGCCUGCCACCCCAUCUGCGCUUGUCCUCAUGAACCGCUCCAAUACCCACCCUACAGCUGCCCCUGGCCAGAAGAAAAUGGUGGAGAACAGCAACGGGACACCCAGCUGUUUAAUGAAGACCUUCACAAUUGAGGACUUUGAGAUUGGCCGUCCCCUGGGCAAAGGCAAGUUUGGAAAUGUGUACUUGGCUCGCGAGAAGAAAAGCCACUUCAUCGUGGCCCUCAAGGUCCUCUUUAAGUCUCAGAUCGAGAAGGAGGGUGUGGAGCACCAGCUGCGCCGGGAAAUCGAAAUCCAGGCCCAUCUGCAGCAUCCCAAUAUCCUGCGUCUCUACAACUAUUUCUAUGAUCGGCGGAGGGUCUACUUGAUUCUGGAGUAUGCUCCCCGUGGGGAGCUCUACAAGGAACUUCAGAAGAGCCGUACUUUUGACGAGCAGCGAACAGCCACGAUCAUGGAAGAGUUGGCAGAUGCAUUGAUGUACUGCCAUGGAAAGAAGGUGAUCCACAGAGACAUAAAGCCAGAGAAUCUGCUCUUGGGGCUCCGGGGAGAGCUCAAGAUUGCUGACUUUGGCUGGUCUGUGCACGCCCCCUCCCUGAGGAGGAAGACAAUGUGUGGCACCCUUGACUACCUACCCCCAGAGAUGAUUGAGGGGCGAACACACAAUGAGAAGGUGGAUCUUUGGUGUAUUGGUAUACUUUGCUACGAGCUGCUGGUGGGGAACCCACCCUUCGAGAGCGCUUCACACAAUGAGACAUAUCGGCGCAUCGUCAAGGUGGACCUGAAGUUCCCCUCUUCUGUGCCCCCAGGAGCCCAAGACCUUAUUUCCAAGCUGCUCAAGCAUAACCCUUCAGAACGGCUUCCCCUGGCCCAGGUGGCAGCCCACCCUUGGGUCCGAGCCCACUCUCGGAGGGUGCUACCUCCCUCUGCCCAUCAAUCUGUCCCCUAAAUUGUCUGUCAUUUACUCGGUGUAUCUGUGUUUGUACGUCUGUAUUUUAUAUGUAGAAGGAAGGAGGAGGAGUCCCUGGCCUGUUCCCAUAUCUGCCUACUACCUCCUUUUUAUUGAAUAAAGGCUGCAGCAUUUU